AUGAUUCGUUGUGCAUCCAGUUUCUGCCGUACAGGAAACCUUGUACGCCAGAUGGCACGUUACGCAUCAUCGACAUUACAAACAGGGAAGCGUAUUAAAACAUUCGAGAUAUAUCGUUAUAAUCCGGAAGAGCCCGGAUCACAACCUCAAUUGCAGAAAUAUGAUGUCGAUUUGGAUGAAUGUGGUGCAAUGAUUCUGGAUGCACUGAUCAAAAUCAAAAAUGAAGUCGACCCGACUCUUACUUUCCGUCGUUCAUGUCGUGAAGGCAUUUGUGGUUCAUGUGCUAUGAAUAUCGGUGGUGAAAAUACUUUGGCCUGUAUUUGUAAAAUUGAUGAAGAUACGAGCAAGAGCACUAAAAUCUACCCUCUACCACAUAUGUUUGUCAUUAAGGAUUUGGUACCAGACAUGAACCUGUUUUACGCACAGUACGCAUCGAUUGAGCCAUGGCUAAAGAAGAAGAAUAAAUUAGUCCUUGGUGAGAAGCAGAUGUACCAAACAGAAAAAGAGCGUGAGAAAUUGGACGGAUUAUAUGAAUGCAUUCUUUGUGCCUGCUGCAGCACAAGUUGUCCGUCGUACUGGUGGAAUGCAGAUAAAUAUCUGGGACCAGCUAUUCUUCUUCAGUCUUAUAGGUGGAUGAUUGAUUCUCGAGACGAUUAUGCUGAGGAGCGGUUGUCAAAAAUACAUGAUCAUUUUAGUGUUUUCAAAUGUCACACUAUUCUGAACUGCACAAAAACUUGUCCGAAGCAUUUGAAUCCAGCGAAAGCAAUUGGAGAAAUUAAGAAACUUCUUACUGGUUUUGAUAAAAAGCUGGCACCGGUAUCUGCACCAGCCAAUUUUUAA